AUGGGCCAAGGCAAGGGCGCGUCCACAGUGGUCAAGGAUUGUCUUGUCGACCUCCAUCUCUCCGAUUCAAGAUUUAAGGGUGUGCCCCCACGAAGCAUGAGGCGCAGAGUCGAAAAAUGGCGUGCCAUCGGGGGAUUUUGGUCCAAGCUGAUCGAAGGCUUUGGACCUGGCAUGUUACUUCUGGCCCCUUCCCGCGAGCCAGACUCCCGAUAUGAAUUCGGUGAACCCGGACGAAGAGCCUUCUUGACAGCUCUCACCCAGCGGAGGAGUGCCUUCGACGCAAUUUUACCUGAAGCUAACUAA